AAAAUAAAAAUAAGAAAGGAAUAUACGCCUUUUCUUCUCUUCUUCUUUUGUUUUUGUGUUUUUUGUUGUUGUUCUUUGUUUCAUUCUUUUUCAUUGUCAAGAAAAAUAUUCUAGUAAUCGAUCAUGGCUGCUGCUGCAUCUCGUUCUCGGGUGGUUGGACUUUUGAAACUUCUUCAGUCGAGUUCCAAUAGCUGUCCUUGCCACUCUCAUGCUCACUCGCAUUCGCACGGAGCUACAGGCGCCUCCUUUUCCAACUUGUUGAGAUACGGUCGUCAAUAUGCCAGUGCUCAGGAGAGCACCGAUUAUGCCUUUGAAAUGGCCGCCAGUAACAUUCGCUUUGGUCCCAAUGUGACAAGUGAAAUUGGUAUGGAUUUGAAUAACAUCCAGGCAAAGAAGGUCGCCGUAUACACAGAUGCUACGAUUAGUAAGCUUCAUCCCCUGAAAGCGGUUAUUGAAUCAUUGGACAAGCACAAAGUCAACUAUGUCGUGUAUGACACCGUGCGUGUGGAACCUACCGACACCAGUUUCAAGCAAGCCAUUGAGUUUGCUCGUCAACAUGCGCCCGAUGCGUUUGUUGCUGUGGGCGGCGGCUCCGUCAUCGAUACCACCAAAGCUGCUAGCUUGUACAGCUCACAUCCCGAAGCUGAUUUCCUCGACUUUGUCAAUGCGCCCAUCGGCAGAGGCUUGCCUAUUCGUAAGAAGCUGCCUCCGUUGAUCGCAGUACCUACCACGGCCGGUACUGGAUCCGAAACCACGGGCACGGCCAUCUUCGAUUAUGAGCCUCUGCAUACCAAGACAGGUAUUGCUCACCGUGCUUUGAAGCCUUUGCUCGGCAUUGUCGAUCCAAUGAACACACGAAGCAUGCCAUCUCAGGUUCACGCCUCCAGUGGUUUGGAUGUGCUCUGCCACGCGCUCGAAUCGUACACCGCCUUGCCUUACAAUGAACGAUCGCCUCGUCCCAAGGAUCCUAUCGAGCGUCCGGCUUACCAAGGCUCCAACCCCAUCAGUGACGUGUGGUCCUUGCAUGCUUUGAGAAUGGUCGUUCAGUACCUCCCUCGUGCUGUCAAGGAUCCUGAGGAUUUUGAAGCCCAGAGUCAAAUGUUAUUGGCCGCCACCUUUGCUGGUAUUGGUUUUGGCAAUGCAGGCGUCCAUUUAUGUCACGGUCUAAGCUACCCCAUCAGUGGCUUGAACAAGAACUACAAGCAUCCCGGUUAUGAAGUGGACCAUCCCAUCAUUCCUCACGGUGUAUCUGUGGCUUUGACUGCUCCGGCUGUUUUCCGAUACACGGCUCAUGCUUGUCCUGAUCGUCAUAUUGAUGCGGCGGCGGCGUUUGGCGCGGAUCCUGCCCACAUCAAGUCAUCCAUGGCCGGUGAAGUACUUUCGGAAAAACUGACUCGUUUCUUCGAGGAUCUUGGCGUUCCCAAUGGUUUGAGCGCUUUGGGCUACGAUUCCUCGUACAUCCCCUCGCUGGUCGACGGUGCUCUCCCUCAACAUCGUGUCACCAAAUUGGCCCCUACCCGUGAACCAGCACGUGAACAGUUGGCCUCCAUUUUCGAAAACGCUAUGAAGAACUACUAAAACAUUACUGUUUCUGUCAUUAAAAACAAGUUGAAGCUGAUAAUGAAUGGAACAAAACAAAACAAAAAUCAAUUAAUUUACACAUUUGUCUACACACUCAUUGGCGCGUAGUUAGGAUGUUCAUGGAUGAUAUUAACAAUUUCCAAUGGGCAAAAGACACAAAUUCGAC